UCCAUUUAGUUAUCGGGCGCCAUGACUGGCGGAGUGUAUUAUAGUUUUAUUAUAAUAAAUAUUCUUCAAAUAUGUGUAAUAUUCAGUUUAACAGGAAGCAAAAGCAGUUUAACAUUUGUGUUUGAUGACACUCAGUCGAUGCAAUCAGAAAUUAAAAGUGUACUCAAAAGCGCAGACAAAAUUUUCGAUAUUGUUAUCAAUUCGAAUGCAUCAGUGAUAGAAAAUUUUAUUAUUGUUACGUUCAAUGAUCCUGGAACAAAGUUACGGACAAAUACUACUGAUCGCGAUGAUUUUAAAAAGUCAUUAAUGUCAAUAAGAGUUCAUGGUGGUGGCGACUGUCCGGAGUUAGCGAUGUCUGGAAUAGAAUUAGCACUUCGAGCAAGUCGCCUUGGUUCCUAUGUAUACGUUUUCACAGAUGCUGCUGCAAAGGAUUACGCUAAAUUUGAGAAAGUAAAGAAAAUAGCAAUAGACAAAGAGAUACAGAUUGUGUUCGUGAUAUCAGGAAUGUGCCGGAAACAUAACGCCACAUCUCCUGGAUAUCAAGUUUAUGAGAAGUUAGCUGAAUCUACAUUAGGCCACAUUUUUACUGUCGGAAAGAGUCAAGUGGAAGAGCUAUUAAAUUACGUCGCAAGAGUGGUAGAGAGUAGAAAAACGGAAUUGGCGAGAAAGAAGUUUCCCCCUGGAUACGGGUACAAAUUUAACUGUACAGUAGAUAGUGCGGUUUCGGCCCUGGAUGUAUCCGUCACAGGAAAUCGGCCAAGUGUGAAUAUAACUGAUGACGAUGGCAAUAUAGUUAAAGUAAACAAUAUCGUGAAUAUUUCAAAAGUAAAGGUUGUCAACGUAAUAGAUCCAAAACCAGGUAUUCAUAGUGUCGAAGUAGGUAGUUUAAGUGAUACAGCAGUGACGGUGCUUGGUACGACUAAUGUUAAUUUUCAAUAUGGAUUCUCUAUCAUUAAGCCCUCUUCAAGAAAUGAUACAACAAAUCAACCAAUCCCAGGUCGAAAAUCUUAUCUGUCUAUUAAACUUAAAACUAAAGGAGAAAUAAUAAAACUACAAAAAGUACAAUUGUUAGAUACUGAAAAUAAUAUUAUUUUAGAAGAGCCUUUAUGGACUGCCAAUACUGAAGAUCAAUUUUAUAUUACAGAGCAAGUCACUCCCCCAGAACAAAUUUUCAAAAUUAGGAUUGAAGGAGUCAACGAAGAAACAAAUGAAACCAUAUAUAGAGUACAUAGUUCACCCGUGGCACCCCAGAAGCUUUCAGAUGAACCCAUAGAGAACAAGGCACCUAUAGCAAAUAUUAUGGGAGAAACAAAAAUAGUAUCUAAUUAUGAUCAUCCUUUGCAGUUCAAAUGUAGCGUGACUGGAUAUCCAGAACCUAAAAUUGUAUGGGAAGACAAAUUAGGUUCAUCGUUAACAUUUACGGUCUCACCAAAAAGACUUCCAUAUGAAUAUAUUAGUGUAUUAGAUAUAGAUCAUAUGAUCACGAAUAAUACGUAUUUUUGUAAAGCAAGCAACGAAUUUGGAAAUUAUGUGACAUCUGUUGACGUCAAAAUAAAAAGUCAUUUUGAAGUUGUGAAUAUUUCUAAAGAUAAAACUGUUAAAUACAAAGAGAAGGAAACUUUAAAUUGUAAAGUAAAUGCAGUCCCUCCUGCAAAUAUUACUUGGUAUUUAAAUGGCAAGGAAAUUGAGAUGAAUAAUGAAAUAAGUAUGUCAUCUGAUCGAUCUUCAUUGUUUAUCAAUCAAAUGAAGCCAAAUUACGCUGGAAACUUUAUGUGUGAGGUACGAAACAACUUAAAAAGAGGUGUUUAUAAUAUAAAACUGUCAAUUACAGAUAUUGAGUAUCCAAAAAUAGACAAAAAUGUUACUGAAAUUUCUGUCGGUAAAGGAUCCAGCGUGAGUAUAUUAUGCAGAAUUUUGAAAGGUAAACCAACACCAAUGAUUUACUGGUCUUUCAAACACGAAAAAAGUGAUGUAUUUAACAAGAUUGAGGAACAUGCUGAAAACUUAUACAUUGAGAAAGUAAAUUUAGCCAUGGUUGGCGCUUACAAAUGUCUGGCAAAAAAUGAAAUCGGCAAAGACAUUCACGUCGUAGACUUGGUUGUUGAAUAUGCUCCUGUUAUUAAAGAUAGGAAACAUAAGAAAUUAAUCCAAAAGAUUGGUCAACAAACCACAAUUAAAUGCUUAGUAGAUGGAGUACCAAUACCAGACGUUACAUGGUCAUUGAAUGGAAUAGAAAUAAGCGAUGGACACCAGUAUCGCAUAUACAGGGAUAACACUUUAAAAUUUAAGGCCUCUGAAAAAAACUCGGGACAAUAUACAUGUGAAGCUGUAAACGAAUUAGGUUCCGCUAAGAAGACUACGACAGUUAAAGUUUUUGAACCAGUGGCCAUAGAUGUACCUCUAGAUACCAAUAUAAAGGUGCCGGUUGGAAGUAACCUUGAAUUACCCUGUAAUGUCAAAGGCUAUCCAAGUCCUACUAUUAAAUGGCUAUUCACUUCAUCACAAACUAAUGAUAAAAGAUAUUUGAAUGCUUCUGAAUUGUUGGUAAUUUCAAGAAUUCAGCUUCAUGACGAAGGACUUUACAUUUGUACAGCCAAAAACUUGGGUGGUUAUGUAAGCCUAACAUAUUUAGUUCACGUAGAUGCACCCCCUGUCAUAUUCACCAACACCUCAGAGAAAAAUAUUCAGGCUGUCGUUGGAGAUCGAGUUUUAAGGAUACCUUGUUACACUACUGGGAGCCCUAAACCAAAAAUAAGAUGGAUGAAGAAUGGAUACCUUUUAAAUAUAAAAUCUGAAUGGUACUCAGUCGAAUCUGAUGGGACUCUAAUAAUAAAAAAUGUUAACAAAGCUUCUGCUGGAUCAUACGCCUGUAACGCGGAAAACAAUUUAAGCAUAGCUAAUGAAAGGUUUGAUGUCCACGUCGACGAUUUUCCUGAACAAAAUGGUCCUAUUACAAACAUAUACUUAGAGGAAAAUAAACCAGCAGAGAUAGAAUGCAAUAUCGCUCAUGAGCGUACGGAUUUAGUACGGUGGUACAAGAAAAGCACAAGGAAAAUGAUUGCAGAAGGAAAAUUAAUAUUCUCAAAAGUAAAGAACAGGGAUCACGGCCGCUAUAAGUGCCGCGUAAGCAAUUUCGUUCAAUCCAAAACAGGCACGUGUUAUGUCCAAGUUGGACAUAAGCCACGAUUUACGUAUGAUUCUCAUUCGAGUUUAUUAUUUGAUAAUGGAAAUCGUAACUUGUAUUGCACUUAUUCAGCAAAACCAAAAGCCAAGAUAACGUGGUGGUUUAAUAAAAAGAAACUCGCUGAGAAUGAUAUGACGUAUUGUUAUGACUACAAAGUUAGCAGCAUAGGAGAAUAUACAUGUGUUGUUGAAAACGUGUUCGGGAAAAUUGAGAAGAAGUUUAUUGUUCAAGCCAAUGAUUGUUUGUUAGAUAUUUCAAAAGAUUUUGACACAUAUCAUCCACUUGUGGUAGCCAAUGACUUUAGAUUAUCUUAUUUUAAUAUUAAAGAUGGACACCUAGCAAUACCAAUUAAUAAAAGUGCGCAAUUCGUGUGCGCUGGAGGUUUUAACAAAUUUCCAGGCACUGAAGUUAAAGCUACAUGUUUAGAAGGUAAAAGUUUUAAAAUAAAUGAAGAUAUUGCAGAAUUUUCAAAAAUAAAAUGUGUAGAUAGAUUGCAACCAGUAACGUUAAAAACUGGAAAAAUAUGUGGGUACAAUGACACAGAAAUAAUUAAAGUUGGAAUAAACAUUAAAGGAGAAUUUUCGGAAAUCUAUCGGAUUUGCUUUCAUAAAUUACUGAAAGUACCAUUAUAUGCACAGCAUCGGUUAAUGGUGUACGCAGCUGGAGUAAAAUCGGUUCCGACUGAAAGAUGGUUGCAUAGCGAUAUAAUUAAUUACGAUAUAAAUGAGAUGUACGACUGCGAACAGCAAAAGAAUGUCAUAUCUACACUUUUGAAUAGGCCAUUUCACAGCGAAGACAACUGUUGUUUUGCUGCGAGGCAGUUAGUAAACGAGAGGGACGUAACACCUGGUUUACCUCAAAUAUCUACUCACAGUUACCUGAACGUCUUCCCACUUUGGAAUACAUGCAAUAUGAAAAAUUGGAAUAGCUUAGAGGAAUUGCUGAGAAUACAGACGCGAAAAAUAAACCGUGCUUUAAGUAUUACGACAGGAAUAUCUUCACCACUGAGGCUGUAUGAUGGAACUUCUAAUGUUUCUAUAUAUAUAACUGAUAAAUCUGGAGAGAAGAGGGUAAUACCGCAAUUCUUAUGGAAAGUUGUAAAAGACUACGACGCAGUAGCUUCGCUUGCAAUCAUUCAGGUGAAUGUGCCCGACCUAAAAGAACAUGACGUGAAAUGGUAUACAGUUUGUGAUGAUAUAUGUCACAAGAUAUUCUGGAUGAAAGGCAUCAAUUGGAGCGAUGUGAAAAAUGGAUUUACAUACUGUUGCUCGACUUCGGAAUUUGAAAAAGCUUUCGGCUACGUUGCUCAAUUUAGCAGAGGCUAUGGCAGGAUUUUACAGUAUUUAGAUAAUUAAAAUUAAGAAUUGAAGCGUUUCCUUUAUUAUUUGUUUUAUUAUGUUUAUCCAAUUUUUUAUAAUGAUUAU